GGUUACCCUGCAACUGAUGUCAAACUGUCCAACUCCAACAUACUUUUUGAACAACAUAUCCUUGAAAAGAAAACAGGAAUGUGAAUUGCAGCCGUAGACUCAGCUAGAGCAAGCGAGUAGAGAGGACCAUGGAGGACUUCAGACGGACGGUUCUGCGUCUGUGCAAGGAGAGCGGCGUGGAGCCCCAGGAGUCGGUUCUGACCCAUCUGCACGAGGCCCGCGGCAUGGCAGGCACGGGCUCCACCAGGCUGGACCUGGGUGGGCAUAGUCUCUCCACGGACACCUGUGCCGUCCUGGGCAAGGCGCUGAGCAACGACACGGCCCUCACGGAGGUGGUGCUGAGUGACUGUAUGCUUAGCGAGGAAGGUGCCAAGCUGUUGAUUAACGGCCUGUGCCUCAACGCCACCAUCAGGCUCCUUGAUCUGAAGGGAAAUAACCUGAGAGGCUCUGGAGCCGAGGCUCUGGGGAAGCUGCUGGUCCGGAACAAGACGAUACGCAGGCUGGUUCUGGAGUGGAAUGCCCUGGGUAUGUGGGAUGAAGCCUUCUCCAUAUUCUGCGAGGGCUUGGCCACCAACUGCAACCUGGCACAGCUAGACCUGCGCAACAACCAGAUCAACCACCAGGGGGCGGCAGAUCUUGCCAUGGUGCUCAAGAGGAACAGCGUCCUACAGGAGCUCGACCUGCGGUGGAACAACAUUGGCCUGCUGGGAGGCCGGGCUCUUCUGGAGGGUCUGCAGCAGAACCGGACUCUGGUCCGCCUGGAGAUGGCUGGGAACAACGUCCCCAGUGACACAAUCAAAGCCCUAGACCAGGCCAUCAGCCACAACGCCGACAAGCUCAACACACUGAGGGAAGGCCGCAGCAAGACCCAGGUGCUCAGCAAGGAGAUCCAGGUUCUGAAGGAGGAGAAGGGCAGGCAGUACAUGAGUAUGAUGGACACCAUUGACAAGCAGAGGGAUGAGAUGGGCAGAAGUAGCAGGAAUACUACUAUGCGUCUUGGGCAGCUACAGGAGGCUCUGAUCGAGAAGAAGUCUACCGUGAACUCUAUCACAGCAAAGCUGCACAUGUCGGACGCUGCGCUGGCCCUGUCGGAGCAGAAGGUGCAGAGUCUGGCGGAGCAGCUGACGCGGGUGCAGCAUGAGAAGGCGGAGCUUAAGGAGAGGCAGGCCAGAGACAUGCAGAAGGAGGUGGAGGAGAGCACACUCAGGGAGGGAAAGCUUCAUAAAGAGGUGCAGACUGUGAACGAGAGGAACCACCAGCUCCAGAAUAAGGUGGAUGAGUUGGAGCGCAGGUGUAAGCUGCAGCAGGAGCAUGUCUUUGAGCUGAAGCAGGAGCUCACUAACUCCACCGCAGAGCUGAAACUACGACUUGCCCAAACAGAGGAGCGUCUGGACAUGGAGAAGAGACGGUCCAAACAAGCUCUCCUGGACACGGACUCCCUCCGGCAGAAAGAGGUGGAUCAUGUGACUCGUCACCUGGAGGACACAGAGAGAGCCAUGCAGGAGCGCAUCCUUAAACUGGAGGGACAGCGCAUUCAACUGGAGGAGGAGCUGAGCAAGGUGAAGGCGGCAGGCGUAGCAGAGAGAGCCCAGGCUGAACAUGAGAUGGGGAAAAUUCGGAACCAAGUGCGUCUGGAGGAGCAACAGAACGUGAGCGGUUUGGAGGAGAAGCUGCGCGUUCUGCGUCAGUCACGGGACGAGUCGCAGCACCUCUGCACACAGCAGAAGCAGAACAUCGCAGACCUGCAUGCCAGGCUGGGCCAGCAGAGCGUGGAGAUGGACACCGUGAAACGCCGCAUGGACGAGCUGCAGCAGGAGCUGUCAGGUAAGGAGCAGGACAAAGUGACAGAGGUGUCGCGUGUGCGGGUGGAACUUCAGGAGCAGAUCGGACACCUGCAGGCAGAGAGGACGGCGCAGGGGGGCCUGAAGGAGAAGAUCGCCGCCCUAGAGAGAGAAAUCAAAGUGCUGGGCAGCAACCACCGGGAAGCCCUGCUGGAUAAGGAGAGUGAGAUCUCGUCCCUGCUGGAGCGGCUGCGCAUGCGGGAGGGAGAGAUCCAGCGCAUGCGAGAGGACGAGGCUCAGAGGGCCAGCGCCCUGCAGAACGCCAUCCUCACGUACGUCCAGGGGUCGUCGCUAGGACACUUCAACCCCAAGAAGUGACACGGACACCACUGCUGGGCAGUCCAUCGCAAACCAAGAUGGCGUUGCCACCAUGGGGGACCUAUUGUUGCUGCCGGUGGUGCAACGGAUACAAACACAAACACACACACACACACACACAAACACAUUCACUCAAACACACAAACACACACUUGCAUAUGCACACACAAUCACUCUCUUAGGCACACACCCAGAUACACGUCAUGCUUACCAAUGUGCAGGGAUCCUCAUUCAGUCUCUUCAACCCGAGGAACUGACACACAUUCACAUAUAUAUACACAUUCUCACACAUAUGCAGACACGUAUACAUCCAUCAUACUAACCAGUGUACAGGGAUUAUCACUCUUCCCACGCGACAAGGGCUACACCCAACCUACCUGGUUUUCUAACAGUCUGGACAGAGAAAAUAAGACAUUUGUCUCGUCUUCCACUCUCAGGCACUGAAAUGUUUUACAAUGCACUUCCAAUAAACCAGCACUCAUUUUAGAGUACGUACAAUCUCUGUUCUCGCACAACGCAACCAACAUAAACAGGUUGGCUAUGGUUUACCACCAUCUGCAAACUGUGGAUGUUUUUUAUUAUGGACGGUGCUCGAGAAACUUGUGUCAAACUGUGGAACAUUACCUCACCAACUUGAGACAUGUAUUUUAAGACAUGGACAUCACUGUCUGGACUGUUUGAAAGUAAGAUUAUCCAUGACAUGCUUACUUUCAAAUAGUAACCAGUAGUUACUAACCAAAUCAACAAACCAUGGUGAUGUUGUUGAUGUUGUUUUUUAAAGCAAUAAUUGUAUGCCCUUUGAGUCUCUGAAAUAUCAAGGCUGUGAUUUGUAUAUGUGAUUGUUUCUAAUCUUGUUGGUUGAUGAAGCUUGAAGUUUGAUACAAAUUUUUAACAUGAUCAAUGUCAUUUUCCUUUUGUAUAUUUUUGCACUUUUGGAUUUUUUUAUUAAAAAAAGCUGUUUGUUUUGCA